CAGCAGCAGCACCCCGGGCGCCCCGCGCAGCGAUCCCCAUGUGGGCUGCCCGCACUCCCCGGUGAAGACUCCCCUGCGGCGGCGGCCCGGGUUCCGGGGCUCGGGGGCCUCCACCAUGGACCUCUCCGGGCUGAGCGCUUUCUGCCUGAUGCUGAUGCUGACGCUGGCCGGCGCGGCUGCUUCGGACCCGGACCCGAGCCUGGAGAUCUACAAGAAGCUGUUUGCGGUGAAACGCAAGGACCAGAUGAAGGCCCCGAAGAACCUCAUUGAGCUGAACGACAUCCACCAGCAGUACAAGAUCAUCGACGUCAUGCUCAAGGGCCUCUUCAAGGUGCUGGAGGACUCCCGGGCUGCCCUCCUGGCAGCUGACGUCUUCCCCGAGGGGCCCUUCCCAGAGGACGAGAAGCUGAAGGACGCAUUUUCCCACGUGGUGGAGAACACUGCCUUCUUUGGCGACGUCGUGCUCCGCUUCCCCAAGAUCGUCCAUCACUACUUUGACCGGAAUUCCAACUGGAACCACCUCAUCCGCUGGGGCAUCAGCUUCUGCAACCAGACAAGCGUCUUCGACCAGGGCACCUACUCCCAGCUUCUGGGCCUGAUGGCUCAGGAGCUGGGAAUUGGUGAGAGAUCCCCAGACUAUAGGAACCCCUUUACAACAGACCACUCAGAGUCCUUCCAAGGUACCGACCCCUUCCAGAAGGCCCUGAAGGAAGAGGAGAGGCGCCGGAGGAAAGAGGAGAAACCGAAGGAGAUCCGGAAGGGCCCCGGAAUCUCUCGCUCCCAGUCAGAGUUAUAGCCCUUGGCUUGCUCCUGGGCCGGCAGGGCUGGGAUUCCAGAAGAGGAGGGAAUGGUGCAUUUGGAGACCGCCUCUUACUUCAGGUGGGUAGAGGACAUCCUGGCCUCCCCCUGGGGACUCAGCCGUCCCACUGCUUCCCAAGGGUGCAGACAGUUGAGAAAGAGCACCUCAUCCUGAGGUGAAGACCAAGUGUCCUGGGGGAGUUAGGACCCCCCACCAGAAGGGGCCCAUGCUGCCCCUUUCAAGCCCAGGACCUUAAGAAGCCUGUUUUCU